AUAGUCAUUACGUAUUUGCGCAUGCACUCCCUAUAUUGAAGACAAAUUAAUGAAUGGGCCUCAUUUGUUAAUCGAAUGGUUCAAUGCCUCAGGCCCAAAAGGGCAAUUGCCCCUUUCACGUGCCAACGCGGAGACCCACCGCAAUUCGUCGUCGUUCCCAUAGUUUACACUUAGUUUACAAGGAGUCCUUCCGAGAUGCUCCAACCAAACACUCUGCACCCAGAUCAUGGCUUUCAAUAAGAAAUAUGCGGGGCUUCCGGAUCUGGACCUCGCGCCCGAUAUCUACGAGACCCCCGAUUUGACCGAUGAAGCGUCCACUGUACCGACUGCAACAAUCCGGACCAAUUCCAAUUCAGAUGAUGAUGCUGGCUCCAACCCCGAUAUUGACCGCCAAGGCAUCAAUGCGGACGAGGCGCGCGCUCACUUCCUCGGUGCUACCGUUGAUGCGCGCGAAGUCAAUUUCUCCGACAGUAUCGCUACGAAACGGAAAGCGUAUCGGAGCAAGAGUCGCCGACGCCAGAGAGACGAGAAUGGUUUGGAAGAAGUAGGGGACCUCAGCGAUAGCGAAGAUGAAGGUUUGGACAGAAGACUUGCUCGCCUUCGCAGAGAAGUGGAGGAAUUGAAGGAUGAAAUGGCUUCCCGCCAAACUGGAUCAGGGUCCAAUGAAACCCAGGCAGAGUACAAGGAAGGACUGGACGACGGAGUGCUAGAGUUGAGUCGGGCGUUGGAUAAUCUCUAUGCCUCCUCCCGAAGCACAUCCGGACCGCACUCGGCAGCCGCGAUACUAUCCAAGAAGAUCUCUGAAACAGCCCCCGAUGACCCGGACAAGCCCGAUGGACCAAGUGAGAAGGCGGAGAAAAAGACAACUCCCCCUAAUGCUCCAUCUUCCGGUGUUCUGGCGCACGCUGCGGCCUUUGACGGCCGGCUGGCGCUUGUCGAGGCUGCGAUGGGCAUCUCCAGCUCCUCGAACCCCUUCAUCGCUGAUGGGAGCUCGGAUGUACCACUCCAGCCCGUCUUACCGGCUCUAGACCACCUUACAUCCCGUCUGACCACUCUAAUGAACAUCCUCGUCGGUCCGGCUCCUGUCUCGGCGGUCCCAACAAUAGGUUCCGCUCCACCUUCGACGACAGUGUCGACACCUCAUCUCGAAAAUCUGUCGACCCGUGUGAGAAAGCUAACCGCCGACACCGAAGCCCUCGCAUCCGCACGCAAGCGCGCUGUCGAAGCCGCCAAGGCCGCGCAAAAUGCCCGCAUCGCCUCCGCAGCUCUCGAACCCUCCGACAUGUCCGUGUCCUCCUCAUCCGCCACAGAGGUCGACCCCGCAGCGACCCAACGUGAUGAGCAAGCCACGAAGAUCCAAGCUCUCUACGCCACACUCCCAACCAUCCAAUCCCUCCACCCUAUUCUUCCAAGCGUCCUGGAACGACUUCGCUCCCUCCGCGCCAUCCACGCAGGCGCCGCUCAAGCCUCCGAAUCCCUUGAUGAGCUGGAACGACGCCAAGCAGAUAUGGCGCGGGAGAUCGACCAAUGGCGCGAGGGGCUGCAUGUUGUCGAAGAAAGGAUGAACCAGGGAGAGGCGGCUCUGAAGAGCAAUAUCGCGCUUGUUGAGCCCUGGGUGCGUGAUCUGGAGGGUAGAUUGGAUCGGUUGGAAAGUAAGGAGGCAUGAUUGGUUGGGGCUUUGUUUGGAAUGAUGGAAAUACCCAAGUUUUGCUUUAGGAUUUUUCUAAUGUUCAUAUUUGCAUAUAAAGCUGGCGGUAUGCUUGCUGUACACCCUUGUCUCGCUCUAGAUGUAUUGCAUUGUUGGUCGAAUGGUAUUUAGAGAAUUCGGUCCACACAUCGCUUUGACAUAUACGCUUUUAGCGCAAAUACCCG